AUGGGGGCUGGCUUCCUGCGCAAGCAGCUCUUGGUCUGUUUCUCCGCCUUCCUCUUCCUGUUGGUUGUCAUCAUCCGCCAGGACGCCCCUGGGACCCUGCAGCUGGGGUUCCUGGGCGCACUCCGGGGUGAGCCUGUCUCUGCAGAGAAGCGCCAGGGCAGCCCCACCUUCCAGUGGCGAGGCACAGAGGAGGAGAGAGCUGGGGACUCCAUGCCUGUGCCCGUGCCCAGCCGCCCGCCAGCGACCACCAGGCACCCGCUGCAGGUCGUCUACCCCUACGGCUACCGCUUCCUCCUGAACGAGCCGGACAAGUGCCGGGAGCGGGCGCCCUUCCUGGUGCUGCUGGUGGCGACGGAGCCCAAGGACAUCAUGGUGAGGAACGCCAUCCGCCAGACCUGGGGCAACGAGAGCGCCGUGCCCGGGGUCUCCAUGGUGCGGAUCUUCCUGACCGGGGUCCACCCGCGCUACGGCUCCCCGCUGCAGCGGCUGCUGGAGGAGGAGAGCGCCCUGCAUCGCGACAUCAUCCAGCAGGACUUCCUGGACACCUACAACAACCUGACCCUCAAGACGCUGAUGGGCAUGGAGUGGGUGAGCAGGCACUGCUCCAAUGCCAGUUACGUGAUGAAGGCCGACAGCGACAUCUUCCUCAACGUGGGCUUCCUCGUCCGGCAGCUGCUGCAGCCCCAGCUGCCGCCCAAGAAGGACUUCAUGACGGGGCACAUCUACAGGAACACGGGGCCGCUGCGGAGCAAGGCGUACAAGUGGUACGUGCCCCGGGAGGUGUACCCCAACGACACCUACCCCCCCUACUGCGGGGGUGCUGGCUACGUGCUCUCUGGAGACCUUGCCAAGAAGGUGUACGGGGCGGCCCAGACCCUCCGGGUCAUCAACAUGGAGGAUGCGUUCCUGGGGAUCUGUUUGUACAAGCUGGGCAUCAGCGUGACCAACAGCCCCUGGGGCCUCUUCAACGUCUUCUGGCUGGAGUACGAGAAGUGCCGGUUCUCCAGGCUGGUGCUGGUGCAUCAGUACGGGCCCACGGACCUGCUGAGGGUCUGGCCGGACUUCCAGGGCGGGAACAAGACCUGCCCCAGCUAG